UAGAAUAGUCUUCACUAUGAAACAUUGCAUUCACAAGAUUCAAUUCCCUACCACACAAAAAACUCCUCUCAAUUAUCCCAUCAUCUCAAUUUUCUCACCUUCUUUUUCGAAACAAUGGGGGCAGAGAAGAAAUCAAUAGUAGGAAGAUGCAAGAGACUAAUAUUCACAUAUGGCACCUUAAAAAAGGGCUUCUCAAAUCACAAAUUAAUGGAAGAACUUAUUGCAACAUUAGACGCAUACUACGUUGGUUCAUUUCGCACCACGGAAAAAUACCCUUUGGUUUGCGGACCAUAUAGGGUACCUUUUCUUUUAAAUUUGCCCGGGCAGGGCAAUCGAGUAUGGGGCGAGGCCUACUUGGUAUCUGAAGUAGGCCUCGCCCGUCUCGAUGAAUUAGAAGGCACCAGCCGCGGGCAUUACCAGCGGCUGGCGAUUCAAAUAUCGGACUUGCCGAAUGAUUUAAUAUUUGAUUUUGCUGAGGCUUAUUACGCGCACGAGUCUUACGCACAUCAAAUGUGGGAAAAGAAUGGUGAGACGGGAUAUGUGACUUAUUCGCAUAAAGAGGCUAAAGGUUAUGUUAAGCGUCAAGAUCGACCUCAAAAUCUUACUUUUUUAGAUCAUAUUUCUAGUUUUAUUUCGUCUGAUUCUACUACUACUAGUUGAUUUUUUUGCUAUUUUUUCUUUGAUUUCUUGUUGUUGUGUUUUGAAUCUUGAUAAGAAAUUUGGGGAGAAAAGAGUAAUUUUAGUUGUUGUUUCUUUUGAGUAGUUAGCAUUGUUUUGCUACUUUAUUAGUUGAAUAAUCAUCAUGUAACACAUAUCUGGAAUAUGCGAUUGUAUAUUUGACAUUACCGUGAAUCGAGAGAUGUGGUAAAUUAACCCCCUUUAA